GUGCUCCUGCGUGUACGUCUCCUCCAGGAGCAUUUGUCUUCCUUGUCGUGCUCCUAUAGAUGGCCGUGCACCAUGGCGGGGAUGCGAGGAUGACUAGGAGCACGGCGAGCAAGACGACCGAGACGAACCUGCCACCGUCGCCGAGCACCGUGAGGUCCACCUAGUCGUCGUCGUUCGAGCCGCAUCGUCCCUGGUGGCUGCGCGGCCGUCCUCCUCGUCGGUGGUCGCGCGGUCGUCCGUCCAGCCGGCAGCAGACGCGCGUGCUCUUCUCCUCCUUUCGAUGAGCUGUCGUGCCUGCGUCCCCGGUGGCUGCGCGCCCGUCCUCCUCAUCGGUGGUCGCGCGGUCGUCCGUCCAGCCGGCAGCAGACGCGCGUGCUCUUCUCCUCCUUCCGAUGAGAAGUCGUGCUUGCGUCCUCGGUGGCUACGCGCCCGUCCCUGGUGGCUGCGCGCCCGUCCUCCUCGUCGGUGGUCGCGCGGUCGUCCUCCUCGCCGGAGAUCUGGCACGCGUGCGACAGCACAGGGUCGGCGAACACGGAUAGCGGACGCACAGUAGCCUUCCAGGUUUAGCGGCUCCGGAAGCCGACCUCUAUUUUAGCGUUUGUUUUAGCGGAUGUUGUUGGAGGCUUACAGGACGGUGACUUCCGCUACAAAUAGGGUACAGACUCAUUCACGCCGCUGUGUUCCUGCCUUCCUGGUGGCCACGGGAAUCCAGGCCUUACAAGCCGCAGCGCAGGGUCGGCGACGGCGAGGGACAGCGGGUGGCGCCGCGGCGGCGUCGGGGGCUCGGGGCGAGGUCUCGCGAGAUGCAGGGCGAGGGCUGGCGCCUGGCGACUGGCGACGGGGGUCGGGCUGUCCGGGAGUCGGGAGAUGGAGAUGGGAGCCGGAGUUGGGCCUCGUUAAAUUUUUUCACAAUUUUAGGUAUGGCCCUCCGCCCCUGUGCCCAGAUGGUUCAGAGCAUGGUGUGCCUCACUCAUUCUGGUCUUGAUUCUAGAGUUUGAGGUGCAGCAAUAUAGUGAGCAGUCAAUCGUGAUAUGUGUAUGGGCAAUUACAGGAAGUGUACAAGUGGCUGUGUCGGUAAUUCUCGAGGUAUUGCCUCCCACAACCACAGCUGAGGCAUUCCGCUCAAGCCUUCUAUCAGUUUAAUUGUAGUGGACUGUGUAAAGAUUGAAGAGCAAGGAGCCAUGCUG